CGGCUCGCGAAGUUCAUGUAUCGGUUGCAGUGACAUGACAUGGUGCAUUAAAUAUACCUAAAGGUAUAAAUAUAUUUAUCAUCAACGUCGUACAUGUACUUUAGCACUUAAGUAGGCGGUAAUACGAAAUACUUGUACACUUAUUACUGUCGUAAUCGUUGCCGAGAGUUCCUUCAGUUCUAAUGCACGUCUCGCGAAUGCUCAGUGUUCGAGUAUACUUGAAAUUACUGUAUACCAAGUAAUAUAAUCUACCUCAUCUCGUAUCAAAUAUUUUGUAAACACCGUACACAUCUGCAAAUGAGAGUAGAUAAUAUACGCGUACACGCCCAAUCCCCUACUUCAGCUUACAAGUAUCUCCUUAUAAUUAAUCUCCUAACAAAUCCUUAUUUAUGUAUCGCACACUGUGUCCGUCUGCAUUUAUCGAUACCGCAAGUUGUCAUUGUUGUCGUUGGGAGGAAGGACAUCGUCAUCGUCACCGAGCACACAUCAGCAACCAUGAGGAAACAACUACACCGGGUCAUACAGCUAGCUGAUCAGAAAUUCAGCAAAGCUGAGAAAACCGAGCAUCUGACGGAUGACAUGCAAGUUGCUGACAAACGAGCAGAACAGAUCAAAUCUGCACUUACUGGACUACUCAGUAAAGAAAAGCCAAGUUUGGGUAACAACAAGAACAGUGAAUCCAAUUCGCAAGAUAUAGAGAAACGAAUCACCAAAUGUCCAGAGUACGUUUUGGGCCAGACUAUGCUAAAAAAUUCUGGAGGAGAAGGACCAAUGAGUUACACUCUGAAAUCGUGUGGAAAAGCACAAAUGGCCUUGGCCACUGAAAUCGUUGAGCAUAAAAGUAAAGUGGAUCAGUACGUUAUUACUCCACUGCAACAAAUUUUAGACACAGAUAUUCCAAGUAUAUCCAAGCACAAAAAAUCUUUGAACAAUUCCAUUUUAGAUAUGGACAUCUUGAAAGGACGGUACCAAAAACUUAAUAUUGGAGCUUCUACAGCAACAAAAGUAGAUAGUCUUAAAGAUGAACUUGAAGACGCUGAAGCCAAAGUAGAGUCGAUGAGAGAUCUUUUAGCCUCAGAUUUAUUUCAGUUGAUGUCAAAGGAAACCCAACUUGCCCAAACAAUCCUUUUGUACAUUAAAUUGCAAAGAGCACAUUUCGAAAGUGCCUUGCAUUGUCUUGAAGAUGUUAUUCCAGAUCUUGAAUGUUUUAUAAAUAAUAAUGAAAUGAAGCCAGUAUACAAUUUCUCCUUGGAAGAGCAUCUUCGAGUUACAAACAGGAGAAUAGCGUUGCCCAUACAAUUGUGCGUAUGUGCUCUUUUGAGGGUAGGAAUGGAGGAAGAGGGACUUUUUAGGGUAGCCGGUAGUGCAACAAAAUUGAAAAGAUUGAAGCUUAGUCUAGAUGCGUGCUGUUUGACUCUUCGAACAGCCCUUGAAUACAGGGAUCCACAUGUGAUAGCUGGUGCACUCAAGUCUUAUCUUCGAGAGCUGCCUGAUCCACUGCUUACCUCUGCACUGUACAGCGAGUGGGUGGCAGCCGCGAAACAAACCCUAACCGAAACAAGACUACAAACUCUGCACACGAUAAUACACAAGUUGCCCCAGGCAAAUUUUGAAAACUUAAGGUUCCUAAUAAAGUUCUUUGCCAAAAUCACCAAGUCUCAGGAUAUCAACAAAAUGUCACCCCACAACCUUGCGAUAGUGAUUGCUCCAAACUUACUUUGGAAUCCAUCUGAGGACAAAACUUCGAUAGCUAUGGACACAGCUAACUAUUCUAGUCUAAUCGUGGAGGACAUGAUAACGUACGCCGAGUACUUCUUUCCCGGGGAGGUAGACUUUGACCGCGACCUCGAGUCGAUGAUCAUGGAACUCGACGAAGUCACGACCAACAGCAGUUCGAUGGGCCUGCGCCGCUGCAAGUCCAACAACAGCCUCAACGAUUUGGGCGACAGCCCGACCCAGGGCAGCCCGAAGCCGGCGACGCGUCGGAAAAAGCCUGCACCCAUACCGCCCACUCCGGACAAGCAGCCGCCCCAACAGCCGCAGCAUCAGCAGAUCCCGCAUCACGAGUACAAAAGACCGGACGAGAAGCCACCACCUCGGCCACUUGUCACGGCGACCCUCAAUCGGGCCACCUACAAGUCACAAAAGCACGACCAAGUCACGGCUGAACUGUUACAGCCGCAGGUGGCCGACAAGCAGGAUCAGACGCCGUCGCGUGUACAGCCAGAGUCCCAAGCGCAACCUCAAGUGCCGUCGCACACGCGAAAUUCGACGCAAGAUCCCGUGAGCAAUAAUACCGUUAGAGCAAGUCAAAUAGACAAGCAUUUUGCAUUAGAAAGUAACAAGUGCUCGGAGGAUGACGUGAAGCCUGUUGGUUUCGACGCCAGCAGAAACGAAUCGGUCAAGGAUGUUGCAAUCGUCUCCGAUGCAUCUCCGCAAAAUCAAGCCGACAACACUUCGUCAGCCAAUCAAGACGACCAUGAAAAAAAAAAUAGCGACGAAGAAAGAGUCAACACCGGCCUGAUAGGCUUCGAAAUGUUUGGCCUAAAGGCUGUAGAAUCAAAUAUUGAUGAUGUAAAGCCUCUCAAAGAUUCCACGAUGACCGAGAGUAUGGAAAAGUUGGACUCGCCAAAAUUGAAACCGAUUCCAGCGGAAAAACCACCGCCAACACCAACGACCCUGGAAAGGCGGAAGCCACCAGUAGCUACGCCUCGAUACUUAACAAAUGCUAAUUCAGCGACAUCGAAUCAGCCAGAAGAUUUGGUGGAAAUUCGUAAGAAGCCAGAUGUGAACAACGUCGCUUCAGUCGACAAGACUAGUAAACCAGCCAUACCCGAACGUCCAAUUGGAUUCCCUCGACCUUCAAGUUUGAUACGCGGCUAUCCCCGACAGAGCAUCGAAAACUUGGAUUCUGAUUUUGGGCCGAUUACAACGGACCGAACCCAAAUGUCCUCAAUAGACAAAGCACAGGUCAGUAUACAAGUUGUCGGUGCUAACAAGACGAAUGGGACAAUCUCAUCGGCCAACUUGCAGAGAAGUCCGAGCGUGGGCAGCCGGCCAACGUCGAUGUCAGUCUCCGCAACGUCCACCGCCCACCACCAACAGCAGUCCAAUGCAGUCGAUCGUCCAAACAAACCACCCCGGCCUGACGCACUGCCUACCGAGCACGUCCGGGCCCACUCUCGCACGCGAUCCGAAGGCAACAUCAUCGACGUCCAGACCCAGACUCAGACGAUCAUCGUGCCCAGAUCUGCGGGAUACGCCCAGCAGCAGUCCACGUCGCCGAGGUCUUACCAACGGUUGUCGAGGCCACAGCCACCACCGCCUCCACCACCCACGACAACUCGACCAAAGAGCGACAACGAGAGCACGAAUCUGUAGUCUUUUCUUUGCGAGCUCGGACGCUCGAGCGCUACUGGAACUCAAUCGUGGACAGGGUUCAUGUUGAUUGUUGAGAAAGUGUUGCUUGCGACUGUACAAAUGCUGAUGGCUGGUACCAAACUGAGUGGAUUAAAUCCAUUACUUACGUAUUAGGUUUUUUUUUUUUUUCUCUUGAUAAGUUGACCUUUUGAGUUGAGGACAAUUAGAUCCAUACGGAGUUUUCAGUUAAUUUUUUUUAAGAUUACGUUUUCAAAUUAUACUAUCGUGUUGAUUCUAUACAUUAUUAAAACUUUAUACUUCAUGAAGAGAAAAUGUGUUAUUUAAAAUAUGAA